AUGGCCCGCGCUCAGGUCUGCCGGUUUUACGACGACGGCGCGUCUGGUGCCGCUCUGCGCCGCCCCAUCAAGCGCCUGCCCGAAUUUCAGAACUCUUCGGGUCUCUUCUACUCGGCCAAGGGCCGCCGCAACCCGCAUUCCUCCCCUUUUUUUCUCCAGAUUCCGCGCACCGCCUUUCUGCAGGUCCUGUUUGUGCUCGCCGCCCUGUUUGUCAUCCUCACCAAUCACAACUCCUCGCCCGCCGCCCCCGCAGAAAAUACCCCCGCCGCCCCGAAUGGCGAGUCCUCCGCCGCUCGUGCUCUCGCCAACUCUAUCGGCGUCGGCUCGGGCGUCGCCAUGCUUAACGCUUUCGCUUCCAAGACCCUCGGAUCCUCAGACGCAGCUGACCAUCACCCCAGUAUGAGUGAUCACGCAAUCCGCAUUUCUGUGCCCGAAGCAAAAGUAAAGAAGGGUGUCACCCUCGUCGCCGUCUGCAUGGGACGCCACGAUACCGUCAAGAAGACUGCCCCGGCCUGGCUCAAUGUCAAGGAUGUCAAUGAGAUCAUUCUCGUUGACUGGAGCUCAGAGCCGCCGCUGGAACCGGUCAUUCGCAGCCUGCCCGAAGGCGAACGCGUCAAGGUCAUCCGCGUCAAUGGCGAGACGUCUUGGGUACUCUCUCGUGCAUACAAUCUUGCCGUUAAGGCCGCCACGUACUCGCAUAUUAUCCGCACUGAUUGUGAUUACCAGGUUGGUGAGGAUUUUGUCGAUGCCCACAGCAAGCUUAUGGAGCACGCGCAGAGCUCGGCUGUCGGUGACACUGCCACCACCGGCAAGCAUUUCUAUGCGGGCAACUACAACUUGGCCCGCAACGAGAACGAGGUCCAUCUCAACGGUGCCGUCUUUAUUCGCAGAAAAGACUUUGUGGAUAUUGGCGGCUAUGACGAACGCAUUCAGACCUAUGGCUGGGAUGACGAGGACCUCUACAACAGGUUGGACAAGGCCGGCUUGAAGAAGAUGAAUAUUUCCUACGACCAUGUUUCCCAUGUUAAGCACGACGAUUCCGACCGUGCCCAGUCGGGCGUCAAAUUUGCAACCGUGGAAAUCGAUUUGAACUCCCUCCUCUUGUCAAAGUUGCAGCCAUGGACUAAAGAGUCGAAAUCCGCCACGUCCUACAGAGCCAAGGAGGGGUCUGUGUCUGCAAACAGCAUUGUUAUUGAGGCAGAGGAAAAGCCAAAGGCACUGCGAGACCUGGUCUCUACCGAACGUUACGAGGAGGCUUGGGCUGAAGCCCUUGGCCGACGCCUUCAUGACAGCUAUGCCGUGCCAUGGGAUAUUAUUGCAAACCUCGCUAUCAAAGAGAAAGAAACGCUGCUCAAGCGUCUCAUGCAGAGAACUGAGAACCGCGAGAGGGCAAAGCGCGCCGAACUCGACCGUGCCGGACGUACUUCGGAGAUUGUCAACGUUGACACUCUCCCGACGCCCAGGAUACUGAUAUGCCAUUGCAUGCAUGGUCUCGGAAACCGCCUCCGCGCGCUAGGAAGCUGCAUGUCUUUUGCCAAGGAAGCAAAUCGCGAGUUGGUCGUGGUUUGGGAACCAGAUAGCCAUAUUGAAGCCAAAUUCUUUGAUAUGUUCAAGACUCCGCUUGUCGUGUUAGAGAAGAUGCCAGUACAAUGGCCGUUUGCAGAUGUUGAAAAAUGGGAUUCCGUGUGGUCCCAAUUCAAGUUUCAUAAUUACAUGGAGAUGGAAGGCAGCGGGGCUGUGAAGGGGGAGAAGAUUUUUGAUAUCCCCAACAAACACAUGUACUACAAGGGAGCGUACAUUAUGGAAGCCGACAACACGGAUUUGACCAACUGGGAAAAGGAUAACGACAUGCUGAGGUCGUUGGAGCCCAUCCCUGAGGUCAAGACCAUGAUUGCCGAUAUCGAAGGCCAGGGUCUUGGGACCGACCGCGUCAUUGGACUUCACGUCAGGAACAGGACGCUGGAAAAGGAUAUCAAGAACGUCGACUUUGUCAAGGAAUAUGGGGACGAGGCGACACAGACGAUGGAUAUGUGGCGGCGGAAGAGCGGUGUGCAGAAUUUCAUUAGGCAAAUCAAUUUGAUCAUCAAGGAAAAGCCCGACGUUAAGUUUUUCGUUGCCACUGACACCUACGAGGUUAUUGGCCAACUCGAGGACCAUUAUCCGGACCGCAUCUUGUCCUUCAAGAGAUCAUGCGACGACCGGGACGGCGAAUGUGUGAAAUACGCUCUAGCCGAUCUGUAUGCGUUGUCAAAAUGCCGGGAGUUGUACGGAUCCAAUUGGAGCUCUUUCACAGAAGCAGCGGAGAGGAUAGGGAAUGUGAAGGCGAAGUUGGCUGGGCAGGACUUUGGCGUUUAAGUGUCACCACGUCUGUCCGGACCAGAGAGCGACAUGGCUCCCCCUUUGUCGAUGCACAUGCAGCGCAGUGUCAAAACUGUUGCCAAAAGGCUGUGUGAAGGAUUCAGAUCCAUCGUUAAACCGCGUGGUGUCUGAAAGGAGGGCCGUCCUCCUUUCCCAAUUGCAUAUCUCGACAAGUGUGAUCAGAACAAUGCUCCUUUAAUGGGAGGGAUGAUUUCUGGGAAUCGUGACUAACUACGGUGCCUGUCUUAUUCUUGUUUUCCGAAGGAUGACAUCGCGAAUGCCAAUUAACUUUAGGGAUAGCGAGCGACUGUAGAAUAUUUAGAUUUUGUUUUUGUUUUUGCUGUUCUUUUCUCCUCUCUGUUCUCAUGAAAAAAUUACAUCCAGUCGCAUAUCGA